AGAAAAUAGCGCACCGAUCCACAUUGGAGGCAUCACGCACCUGAGUGACUGGCGCACGCCUCAGCCUGCAUAGUCGAUUCGCCGGACGUCGCCGCUUCACCGCUCGCCGGCUCCGCCGCUCUCAUCGCUGGAGGACGGACACCCACGAACGCACCUUUUGGCCUGUGCUUUUCGCCGUCUUCUCCUGCUCGUCUCUUGAUUGCUGUCUUCUUCUCUCGACUCUUGAGGACUCCAGUCUCGACACAGCCAACUUGGUGUGUCGCCCUCUGCUUCUGCUCAUUUGCGCAGGCUGUUCGUGUGACUGAGCCAAGGGAAAAUGAUUCGGAGCCUGCCACCAGCCACGUCUCUUUCUCCCUCAGUCAUCUCAUUUCUCAAUGCCAAGCUCAGCACUCUCAAAGACCUUGAGCAGGCUCCUCAUCUUUUGUUGGAGCUCCAGAAUCAAUGUAAUGACCUUGACCAAAACCUCUUGGAUCUUAACAAGCAGCUUGAGAACUACCUUUUCGACUAUGCUUCACAUUCUGCACAUAUCAAUGGUCUUCUUGAUGACAUAAAUGUCAAAGUGAAGGAUCUACGGUGUUCCUCUCAUACUGCAUCUUCUUCAUCUGAUGGAGGCCCGAGUAAGAUUUGGGGGGAGGAGUUACCCGCACUGGCAAAGGAGGUGGCUAGAGUAGAAACCGUGCGGAAGUAUGCAGAGACUGCUUUGAAGCUUGACACAUUGGUUGGUGACCUUGAGGAUGCUGUGUCUUCAACUAUAAACAGAACUUUGAGAAGAUACCCAUCAUCAACAAGUUCAGAAGACAUGCAAGCUGUUGCAAUCACCAGUCUUAAACUAACUGAAGGCACUCUAAGAUUGAUUUCGAAGUCCCAACCUCAAUGGACACAACUUGUAUCCGGUGUUGAUCAUAGGGUUGAUCGAGCUUUGGCCAUGUUAAGGCCUCAGGCAAUUGCAGAUCACCGCUCCCUUCUUGCUUCUCUUGGAUGGCCACCACCUCUAUCCACUUCAAAGUCAUCUGGACUAGAAACAAAAAAGUCAAUAAAUGUCCAUAAUCCACUUGUCACAAUGCAAGGGGAGCUUAAGCAAAAGUAUUGUGAAAGCUUUCUUACACUGUGCAGUUUACAGGAACUGCAGAGACAGAGAAAAUCUCGCCAAAUAGAGGGGAUUGAUAGGUAUGUAGACCUACACCAGCCACUCUGGGCCAUUGAAGAGCUUGUCAGUCCCAUAUCAGUUGCUUGUCAACAACAUUUCUCAAAGUGGAUUGAUCAACCAGAGUUUAUCUUUGCCCUUGUGUAUAAGGUUACUCAAGAUUAUGUUGAUUCUAUGGAUGAAUUAUUGCAGCCACUUGUUGACGAAGCUAUGCUCUCUGGAUAUAGCUGCAGAGAAGAAUGGAUUGCUGCAAUGGUGACCUCCUUAUGCAUGUAUUUGGUCAAAGAAGUAUUCCCAAGGUAUACUAGUUUGUCGGAUGAAGAGGGUGUAACUGGACGUAGAUCGAAUGCUAGAGCAUCUUGGCUAUUUCUCAUCGACCAGAUGAUAGGAUUUGACAAGAAAGUGCAGUCACUUGUUUCACAAUCAGGAAUCUCUCUUUCUUUGCAGGAAGAUGGACUACAAAAGCUUUCUUCACUUUCUGUAUUUGGUGACAGACCUGAUUGGCUUGAUCUAUGGGCUGAAAUCGAACUUGAUGACUCACUUGAUAAAUUGAAACCUGACAUAAUGGAUGAAAGGAAUUGGUCAAAUGAGGUUCAAGAUGCUGCUCUUCUUUUGGGGCAAGGGGGCACCAAGUCACCUGCAAUAACCAGUUCCUUUCUUCGCUGUUUGUCAGCUGUCAUUGAUAGAUGCCGGUCACUUCCAACCGUUCCAUUGAGAUCAAGGUUUUUGAACUUGGUAGGACCACAAAUAAUAGAUAAGUUCUUUGAUUCCAUAGUCCUCCGGUCCCAAGAAGCUGAAGGGCUGACAGCACUGACAGAUGAUGCCGCUUUGACUAAAGUUGCAAGGUGCAUCAAUGCUUCUCGUUAUUUUGAGGCAGUUCUAAAAGAGUGGUGUGAGGAUGUAUUCUUUUUAGAGAUGAGACUUGACUGCGAAGAUCUAUUGGAAACUCUAGUUGAGAGUUGUACUAACCAUGGGGAAUCCCCUGGAAAUGGAUUUUUUUAUUGGGAAAUAAAGAAGCUGGAGGAGUUCAGAAAGGAAUGGGCUGAGGUUCUGUCAACUGUUGUUUUAAGGGGGUUCGAUGUGUGCUGCCGAGAGUACCUGAAGAACAAGAAACAUUGGCAGGAAAAGGAAGAAGGACAUAUAGUGUCCCAAUCAUUUGUCACCGCUUUAGAUUAUCUUCAGGGAAAAAUGUCAGUACUUGCUGAGGUUCUGAACGAGAUAGAUUUUGUUGGGGUCUGGAGAAGCCUGGCAUCCAGGAUUGACACUUUGGUUUUUAAUGGUGUUCUUUGGAGCAACACCAAGUUUUCUGAUGGGGGAGUUGAGAGGCUUGAUAAUGAUAUGGGUGUUUUGUUUGGUGUGUUCAGGCAAUGGUGUAUUAGACCUGAGGGCUUCUUCCCCAAAUUGAGUGAAGGUAUUAAGUUACUGAAAAUGACAAAAAAACAACUGCAGGAUUGUUUAAAAGGAGGGGAAAUUUCACUGAAGGAGAAUGGGAUAAGGCAGUUAACUGUAGCUGAAGCAGAAAAGAUUGUAAGAAACAGAGUAUAGUUUGCAAGGAACAGGUGACUGCGAUAAGGCAUUUUACACACUCAUGCUAUAGUUUGUUUUGUCUCAACAUGAUUAAAUAUAUUAACGUUCUAUCAAAAACUGUAUCUCUCUUCCUAAAAGAAAGUCUCAUACACGUUUUUGGUGAAAAAUGAAGAGUCUUUUGUUACAUGCAACUCUUGGAGUUGCAUAUUUAAAAGAAAUUAUUAUAUUUUGGAAUAUUUCAUUCACAUGCAACCAAGGAAACAUGUCUAAUUAACACAUAUAAAUACGUUUUUAAAUAUGUUUUGUGAAUAGCCACAUCACCAAUAUGACCUGUUAAUCUGAUCAUCACCUACUAAAUUCUAAAUUUGAUUGUUUUUCUAAAGGUGAUGGACUUAAUUCGGUGUUUUUCUAGUUGCAGGGUUUAAUUGGCGUUUGUGAUGUACUACGAGGGUCUAUUUAACAGUUUUUCCCAUAAUUUAAACAUUAAAAGAGACAUAGUAUUAACUCAUGAGCAGAAUACAUAUGCAGAAGCAGAGUAAUGUAGUAUUAACUCAAGAGGCAAUACAGUAGCCGGUUAAGAGAAGUCCAAGAAGAAAGAAGAAAAGAACUCGCGAGAUUAAGUCCAACUCAAUCUCUGAGAAGUACAUGACACCAUACUUAAAGAUUAAACAGAAGAGAACUGUAAAGCUGCAGGACACUUAUGCGAUGAAACCUAAUCCCAGAGUCGGAUGAAACAUAUGCCUCAUGAUGCAUGCUUUUUAAAACAAAGUAUGUGGUAUACGUGACGCCAUACCCAGGUAUUGUGGCGAAGCCCUUUCCCAUGCCAAUGGUGAGAAAUGGCGAUCACUAUUUUACCCAUCAACUACUCUGGUUGACAGUGGUGUAUCCAAAAAACUUGUUGAGAGGGGGCAAAUUUACACUAAAAUAGUAAAAUUUAUUCACACAUUUCACAAAUAGCAUAUUAAAAUAUCACAUUAUGAAUAUUGUUUAAUUAGAUGUAGUUCAAAUUCUGAAUGCACAAGUAUGUACAAAAAGAUCAGUUUAUAUUACUUGUGUAAAUAUGCAAUUAUCGAACAAAAUUAAAAAUUCCCUUAAUAGGAGUUCAAACAAAAUAAAAAAUUUCAAAUAGGGGUGCCAUUGGUUUCUUCCAAAAUAUGGCUCAUGCACUCCCUGACUCAUAUUUAGGCAAUUUUUAUUCUUUUAUUCUUUUAAUAGGAUUACAUAAAUCCUGUUUACUCAUUUCAUUUUAGAAUUUAACCAUUAUUCUAAUUGUUGUAGCCAAUUUUUUUCUCUUCUCGGCGCCUUGUUCAUUGUGGCAUUUGGCUAUUGUCAUUUUCAUCAGGUAUGAUAAAUUAACCGUUUUAGCUUCUCUUAUUCAUUGUUGUUUAUCCAACGAUGGAUACGUAACCAUGUUCUUGAUAUCUACUGUUGGCCAAUAACAGCUAUCUAAUUAAAUAAUCUGCAAACUUUAGCUUUUGGAAAUAAGGUUAUGAUUAAGAAUUGGGUCUCUUUGACGAUAUCUUGGACACUUUGGGCUAUUUAAUAUGAUUUUUUUUAUAUUUCUAGAGAACAGAAGAACUACUGUUUUUAGUAUAUGCCAGGUCACACUUCUUUGGAUAGGUGAAAUGUAGCAUUUCAAAUAGAUUUGUUAGUUCUCCAAAAAUAUCUACAUGUAAUACUAGGUAGUACAAUCAACUUUUACAUAUCAUCUCAGUCAAUUGAACAACUUCAAGGAUACUUCUUAUUUUUAGAUUUAGCAACCACAUACUUGUGUGUUUGCUAGAGAAUUUUGAAGAUUACUAUAUUAAUUAUCUUGUGAAUUGAAUCCAAU